GUUGGUACUGCAGGACACUUUUGUGAUUUUUGUAGGUGUGGCUGGUUUGAGGGAAAAAUGAAACGAAAGUACCAGUAUAGUAAACAUCACAAUGGCGACAGCUCAGUAUGAUUUAGAGGAUGAAAGCCAAGAAGAAGACUUCUCUGACAGCGGCUCUGCCUCCAGCGAUGAGUCAGACAGUGACGGUAAUACAGAUGACGAACUGGAAACUCAGCUUACUGCAAGGCAGCCCUGCAAGUAUUACAACAGUGGCGGCUGCCGGGAUGGAAACAGGUGCCGUUACCUGCAUGUCUGCAAAUAUGCCCUGAAAGGAAACUGUCGCAAUGGGUCCAGCUGCGAACUCAGCCAUCCCGGAGGUGGACGGGCGUCAUCUGGAGCAAGAAACAGAUCAGCAUCUCAAGAGCCAAAGCUCACGGAUGGCCGACACUUCCAGUGGCAGCUGAAAGAUGGAAAUAACUGGAUGGCUAUUGAUAAUGACCACAUCAUUGAGGCCCAGUACUCGCUCCCACACACUAAAAGCAUUAAAAUCUACAACACACCCUUUGGGGCGGUGAGUAUAGACUUUAAAAGACUGAAAGUGUAUGGAAAGAGACUGAGAGUGAGACGUUUGGAUGAUGGGAACACUGAGUGGAUCUGGUACUGCACCCUGCGUCGAAAGUGGAUGAAGUAUGGAGACAAGGAUUCAAAGGGCAAGCUUGGUCCCAUUAAGAGCGCUGACAUUGAGAAGAAGUACCAAAGCAACCCAACCAGCUCGUAUACAUUCAACAUUGGUGCUGAGACCUUUGAGAUUAGAUUUAGAGAAAUGCAGCAAGUGGGUCAGAAGGGAAAGAGGAAAGUUACUCGUCGACCGCUGUACCGACAUCAGCAAACUGCAGCAGCAGGAGUUUCUGAAGCAACAUCAGCUCUCCAGAAUUUUUCUGUUGGCACCAAACCAGAGUGGCAGUUCGAGGGAGACAGCGGAGCAUGGCACACUUUUAAAAAAAGGAGAGGCACUUCAACUGAAAGCACAAUAUCCAGCGAGGACAUUGAGAGGAAGUACCAGCAGAACCCCAGCGACAGCCUGGUCUUUACAGUCCACGGACACUCUUACAAGCUGGACUUAGGAGCAAUGACCCAAACCAACCAGAGGACUAGGCGUUCACGCAGGAUCAGACGAGUGCUGCUAUGAGCUUUAAAGAUGGACCUCGAGGAGAAAUCUACAUCUGAUGGGAAAGAUCAACACAAAACUUUAGGUUGAUGUUUUAAUGUUGACUCCUUGUUACCCUUUUUACAGGAAAUGUAAUAAUGUUUACAUUAGAAAUUAAUUUAGCACCUGAUUAAAUUAAACUAAAGGCUUGAUUUUUGUAUUUAGCUGCCAAAGUCUAUUUUGCCAAAGGGCUUUGAAUUUUACAGACAUACUGCCUUAAAAAGAUUGUCCUUCCUGCUCAAUGCCUUACCAGUGGAUUGAUAAUUGUUUUGGUUGUGUGACAUGAAAAAGAGGAUACAAAUGGAGCAAACAUCCCUGAAACUGUAACACAACAUAUCUGAUGUUGCAUCCAUGCUUUGAAAUACCAAAACACUCCUUAAAAAUGCACAAAAUAAGAACCAAAGCUGAUGCAGGAUCGCUUUUGACAAGUGAAAAGCUGCUUUUACACUCUUCCAUUUUUAUAGCACUCAGGAACAUGGUGCUGCAAAAACCUUAGUAUAGAUGACUUCAUGCAGAUCUGCAGUUAUUUAUUUACAUUAUUGUUAGAUUCUCAGGCCUUAAGGUUUAUUCUGCUUCUUAUUGUUGCAUCUUGCAUAUCAUACUAGAAUGGUCUGCACCAGGCUGAAGCUGUGAAUACAAUGAAAUAUUAAAAAGUGGAAAAUAUUAUGUGCAUCUUU